AUGGAUGACUCUUGUAAAUUUCAACAAAUGCAGGAUGAAAUGUCCAGAUUUGAAGCAGAGAUAUCUGGGUCGGGAGGACCAUCUAUGCGUCCCGUGAUAGGCGCAGCUACAUUUGGCGCCGUACAGCAACAACUUGAGCGGUCAUUGCCUCCACCACCGCCACCACCAGCUUUAUUAGCAUCGUUUGACCAUAGUGUUUUAGGUUCCAGGAUGUUAUUCCCUACUGGUGCCCCACCCCCACAGUCUAUGAUGGUACCUGCUUCUGUUCAAAGACUUCGUCCGCCAAGUGGCCCAGGAGACUAUUCUGCACCUAUACCUUUCCUAAGACCUGGACUUCCAGGACCACAAUUGAUUCCUCCACCUCCUGCACCACCAAAGCCACAACCAGUUAUUUUAUCAGCUGCACCCAAGUUAUAUAAACAGCCCAAAGAUGAUGAUGAUAAAAAAGAAAGCAAGAAAAAGAAGCGGUCUCGUCCAAUAACUCCACCUCCAGAAAUUGAAAAGCCUCUAACUCCCCCUCCAGCUCCACAACCAUUGCCUGUACCUGUCAGUGUGUCUGAGGCUUUGGUGCCUAAGACAAAGAAAGAGAAAAAACAUAGAAAGGUGGUAAGGACAGCAGGUGGUCAGGUGUGGGAAGACGUGACGUUAUUGGACUGGCCUGAUGAUGACUUUCGCAUGUUCUGUGGGGAUCUUGGAAAUGACGUCACCGAUGAAUUACUGGCUAGAACAUUUGGAAAGUACACUUCGUUUCAGCGAGCUAAAGUCAUCAGAGACAAGAGAACUAACAAAAGCAAGGGUUUUGGCUUUGUCAGUUUCAAGGAUCCCGGAGAUUUCAUUAAGGCUAUGAAGGAAAUGGAUGGUCGAUAUGUAGGUAGUAGACCCAUUAAAUUGCGGAAGAGUACGUGGAAGAAUCGCGCGCUUGACGUCGUCAGGAAGAAGGAGAAGGAGAAAGCGGCUCUACUCUCUCUUCUCAUGUCGGCGAAUAAAAGUUGA